AUGGACGGGGAUCUGGGAGGCCUGGGCGGGGUCACCCGGGCGGGGUCCGGGGAGGGGCUGGGGCGGGAGGCGGGGUGUCUUGCUGCCGCCCAGCCUCCCGCACCCUCGCCGCCUGAACUGCGUGCCGAGCCCGAGGGAGGUGCCAUGCGGAGCGCGCCGAGUCGGUGCGCGGUAGCCCGCGCGCUGGUCCUAGCCGGCCUUUGGCUGGCCGCAGCCGGGCGCCCCCUAGCCUUCUCGGACGCGGGGCCGCACGUGCACUACGGCUGGGGUGAGCCCAUCCGCCUACGGCACCUGUACACCGCCGGCCCCCACGGCCUCUCCAGCUGCUUCCUGCGCAUCCGUGCCGACGGCGGGGUUGACUGCGCGCGGGGCCAGAGCGCGCACAGUUUGGUGGAGAUCCGGGCAGUCGCUCUGCGGACGGUGGCCAUCAAGGGCGUGUACAGCGACCGCUAUCUCUGCAUGGGUGCGGACGGCAGGAUGCAAGGGCUGCCUCAGUACUCCCCCGGAGAUUGUGCUUUCGAGGAGGAGAUCCGCCCCGAUGGCUACAACGUGUACCGGUCCAAGAAGCACCAUCUCCCCGUCUCCCUGAGCAGUGCGAAACAAAGGCAGCUGUACAAGGACCGGGGCUUUCUGCCCUUGUCCCAUUUCUUGCCCAUGCUGCCCGGGAGCCUGGCAGAGCCCAGGGACCUCCAGGACCAUGUGGAGGCUGAUGGGUUUUCUGCCCCCCUAGAAACAGACAGCAUGGACCCUUUUGGGAUUGCCACCAAAAUGGGACUAGUGAAGAGUCCCAGCUUCCAAAAAUGA